ACUUGUAUGUUGUGUUUGUAGUUUUGGACUGUAGAAUUGUUCAUUCGUCUCAUUGUUCACUUCACAUCAUUACCACUUCUAAGAAACUUGUGUAAAAUAAUUAUAUAACUUAAUAAAGUUAACACAAUUAAACAUUAAGCAAUGGUGUCGCAGUCGGUAUUGUAUGUAGCUGUGCCAAUUUCAGUGGUAGUGGCAAUAAGUUUAGUGCGCAAAUGGAGAUCAAGGAACUGGGCGAAGUGUGCAAGCAAUACUUGUUUGAGAGGUAAAACUUUCCUGAUCACUGGAGCCAGCAGCGGUAUCGGUAUGGAAACUGCUAAAGCUCUAGUGUAUAGAAAGGCGCGAGUGAUACUCGCUUGUCGGGAUAUGGACAAGGCAAAAGAGAUUGUCGCUGAUAUUAGGAAGAAGCAACCAAGGGGAGGAGAAUUGAUACCCAUACACUUGGAUCUAUCAUCAUUGGACUCUAUUGAGAAGUUUGUAGAAGUGAUAAAAGCAGGCUUCAACAAAAUAGAUGUUCUAAUUAAUAAUGCUGGUGUUUAUGCACCAUUGAAACAAGAUUUAAAAACCAAAGAUGGAUUUGAGAUACAUUUUGGAGUGAACUACUUAGGACACUUUCAUUUGACAAAUUUGUUAUUAGAUCACCUGAGAAGGGCUACACCUAGCAGAAUAGUCAUAGUAUCAUCUACUCUUCAUGAGAAAGGUCAAAUCAACUUUGACGAUCUGAAUCUUAAAGCAGAGAUAGAAGAGGCCAAAAGGGGGAAGAGUAGUCGCCACAACCCUGGCUACUGCAACUCCAAAUUGAUGAACUACUAUCAUAUGAAAGCUUUGACGGAACGGCUCGGUGGAUCUGGUAUUGAUGUUAAUGCUUGCUGUCCAGGAUUCUGCAAUACUGGCUUGUUCAGAAAUACUAUCAGAUGGUACCACUACAUUUUAAUGGCUCCAGUGUGCCUGCUAUACAUGAGAUCAGCUAAACAAGGCUCCGAAACAGUGGUAUACUGUGCCAGUGACUACAGAAUUGAAGGUGUAACUGGCAGAUUUUACAGAGAUUGUAGCGAGUACGAUUCCAGUCAUACAAUUGAUAAAGAUGUGGAAAAGAAACUCUGGGAGGUCUCGGAGGAACUGGUGAAAGCGAGAAAGCCUAUCCCGAUAGUUUAAAUAAUAAUUAAUUGUUUAACUUCCUAAUGCCUCUAGUGCCAUUUUUAGUCUGUUGGGAUCUUAAUACUAUUGUUUGAAGGUUCAUGUAUAUUUAUGUAUUUUAAAAGUCUGUGACAUAAACAUAAUUUUUCAAUAUAUUUAUUGUCCUUUUUCUGUAAAUAUCUAAUGUGUAAGAAUGUACGCGCUAAAUGUAACUGUCUUUAAAUAUAUAUAGAUAAUUUAAAGACUAUAUGAAUUCUUAUUUUUUAUCAUAUUAAUGAUUAUUAUCUUUUGGCAUUGAACAUUGCUGGAUUUAGGAAGCAAUCCAUUUCGCAAAAUCGAUUGGAGAAUUAACAAUGUCAGUUUUUAGAUAUUAUUGACACACGUAAUUUUAUUUAACAUGAACAUGUUAUUCCUAUCUAUCUAUCUAUAACAUACCAUAAUCUAUAGACUACGCCUAAUUCCUUGGUAAUAUUGUUAAUAUGUAAAUGCGUGAUACCUCACGCAUGUCUAGUGUUGCAACGUUGAUGUUAAUUUUCUGUCGUAGUAACUAAAGAGAUAGCCAUAAAAUGAAAUACAAUAUUCUAUGGCAUGGGGAUGAUGAUGAUGGUCCUGAGAGAUAUGAGAUGGGGUUCCUCUAUCUUCAAAAUGUUUUUAUUUGCCGUUUACUUGUUUAAACACGAAUUUUUCAGUAAACUAUUUAAUAACUUCUU